AUGGAACUCUCUAAUGACCUGAACGAGGAGCAGGCCCAUGGUUAUGAUGUCACAAAGCACAUGAAGUCAGAGGUCCCAUGGAAGGGGAGGAAGGUGGGGGAGCCAGCUGGGCACUGGGGAGUUGGGGGGGGCCAAAGACAGCAGAUGGGCAGGCCCAUGACUUCCCUGGGCUCCCAGCUCUGCAGGGCAGCAUUCCUGGCAGCCAUCCUGCUGCUGCUGCGGGUCAAGGUGGUGAAGCCUCAGAAAGGCAGCCUGGACUCCAAUGAGAAGAGUCAGACUGAGGAGAUACCCUCUACAGACCAGGACGAAGAUCACCUUGAAGAGCACUUUGUGGCCUCCUCAGUGGGUGAGAUGUGGCAGGUUGUGGACAUGGCCCAGCAAGAGGAUGACAAGACGUCAGACACAGCAGCUCUUCGUGACCACCUAUUUGACCUUGCCUUCUGCUUCAAUCUGGCCAGCAUCAUGGUUUUUUUAUGA